GACGUCAUUUCUGGUGCGCCGCAUCCGCGUUCCGGCGCCUUAGUGGCGCGUUUCUCGCACCGAGUGGGGCGCUGAGUGUGGUCCGCUGAGCCGGGGAGAGUGACGGGCCAUGUCGCUGUCCCACCUGUACCGGGACGGCGAAGGCCACAUGGAUGAUGACGAGGACGAGCGGGAGAACUUUGAGAUCACCGACUGGGAUCUCCAGAAUGAAUUCAACCCCAACCGGCAGCGCCACUGGCAGACCAAGGAAGAGGCCACCUACGGAGUGUGGGCAGAGCGAGACUCGGAUGAGGAGAGGCCCAGCUUUGGAGGCAAACGGGCCCGCGACUACUCGGCCCCUGUCAACUUCAUCAGCGCAGGGCUCAAGAAAGGGGCGGCAGAGGAGGCGGAGCUGGAGGACUCCGACGAUGAAGAGAAACCCGUGAAGCAGGAUGAAUUUCCUAAGGAUUUCGGACCAAAGAAGUUAAAAACGGGUGGCAAUUUUAAGCCCAGCCAGAAAGGUUUUGCAGGAGGAACCAAGUCUUUCAUGGAUUUCGGCAGCUGGGAAAGACACACAAAAGGAAUCGGACAGAAGCUUCUUCAGAAAAUGGGCUACGUGCCUGGAAGGGGCCUGGGGAAGAACGCUCAAGGCAUCAUUAACCCAAUCGAAGCCAAGCAGAGGAAGGGCAAAGGUGCGGUGGGGGCGUACGGCUCGGAGCGCACCACCCAGUCUCUGCAGGACUUCCCCGUGGUCGACUCGGAAGAGGAGGCCGAGGAGGAAUUUCAGAAGGAGCUGAGCCAGUGGAGGAAAGACCCCAGUGGAAGCAAGAAGAAACCCAAGUAUUCUUACAAGACCGUGGAAGAGCUGAAAGCCAAGGGCAGGAUUAGUAAGAAGCUCACCGCUCCCCAGAAGGAGCUUUCUCAGGUCAAGGUCAUAGACAUGACCGGCCGCGAGCAGAAGGUCUACUACAGCUACAGCCAGAUCAGCCACAAGCACGGCGUCCCGGACGACGGGCUCCCGCCGCAGGCGCAGCCGCCCCCGCUGCCGGGCAAGGAGGCCCGGGCGCCCGGCUUCGCCCUGCCCGAGCUGGAGCACAACCUGCAGCUGCUCAUCGAGCUGACGGAGCAGGAGAUCAUCCGCAACGACCGGCAGCUGCAGUACGAGCGGGACGUGGUGGUGAACUUGACGCACGAGCUGGAGAAGGCGGCGGGCGCGCUGCAGCAGGAGCAGCGGGCCAUCGCCAGCCUGAGCGAGGUGCUGGCGCUCGUGGAGGAGUGCGAGCGGCGCCUGCAGCCCGGCUGCAGUGACCCGCUCACGCUGGACGAGUGCGCCCGCGUCUUCCAGACGCUGCGGGACAAGUACUACGAGGAGUACCGGAUGUCCGACCGCGUGGACCUGGCCGUGGCCAUCGUCUACCCGCUCAUGAAGGACUACUUCAAGGAGUGGGACCCCCUCAAGGACUGCACGUAUGGCAUCGAGACCAUCUCCCAGUGGAAGAGCCUCCUGGAGAACGACCAGCUGCUGUCACACGGCGGGCAGGACCUCUCAGCGGACGCCUUCCACAGGCUGAUCUGGGAAGUCUGGAUGCCGUUUGUCCGGAGCAUCGUUGCGCAGUGGCAGCCGAGGAACUGCGACCCGAUGGUGGACUUCCUGGACAGCUGGGCGCCCCUCAUCCCCGUGUGGGUGCUGGACAACAUCCUGGAGCAGCUCAUCUUCCCCAAGCUGCAGAAGGAGGUGGAGAGCUGGAACCCGCUGACGGACACGGUGCCCAUCCACUCGUGGGUCCACCCGUGGCUGCCGCUCAUGCAGGCGCGCCUGGAGCCGCUCUACUCCCCCAUCCGCAGCAAGCUGGCCAGCGCCCUGCAGAAGUGGCAUCCCAGCGACUCCUCAGCCAAGCUCAUCCUCCAGCCCUGGAAAGACGUCUUUACCCCCGGCUCCUGGGAGGCCUUCAUGGUCAAGAACAUUGUACCCAAGCUGGGGAUGUGCCUCGGGGAGCUGGUCAUCAACCCCCACCAGCAGCACAUGGACGCCUUCUACUGGGCCAUCGACUGGGAGGGGAUGGUCUCCGUCUCCAGCCUGGUGGGCCUUCUCGAAAAGCACUUCUUCCCCAAGUGGCUGCAGGUGCUGUGCUCCUGGCUGAGCAAUAGCCCCAAUUAUGAGGAGAUCACCAAGUGGUACCUGGGCUGGAAGUCCAUGUUCUCAGACCAAGUGCUGGCGCACCCGUCCGUCAAGGACAAGUUCAACGAGGCUCUCGACAUCAUGAACAGGGCGGUGUCCUCCAAUGUCGGUGCUUACAUGCAGCCCGGCGCACGCGAGCACAUCGCCUACCUCACGCACACAGAGCGGAGGAAGGACUUCCAGUACGAGGCCAUGCAGGAGCGGCGCGAGGCUGAGCACAUGGCCCAGCGGGGCAUUGGCGUGGCCGCCAGCGCCGUGCCCAUGAACUUCAAGGACCUCAUCGAGACCAAGGCCGAGGAGCACAACAUUGUCUUCAUGCCGGUCAUCGGGAAGCGGCACGAGGGCAAGCAGCUGUACACCUUCGGCCGCAUCGUCAUCUACAUCGACCGCGGCGUGGUGUUCGUGCAGGGCGAGAAGACCUGGGUGCCCACCUCGCUGCAGAGCCUCAUCGACAUGGCCAAGUAGGCCGCGCACCUGCUGGGGGCGCGCUGGGGAAUAAACGGCGUCUUACAUCA